AUGGCCUGGUAUUUUAGCCUCUUUUCCAACGGAAAUAGAUCGCUGAUGGUGAUGAAAACCAUUGAUAGCAUCCCACUUCCGCCAACGCCCUGUAUAGCGCGGGAUAGGAUAAGCACAUCAAUUGAUCUCGCAACACCACUUCCCGUCGAUCCGAUCAAAAAGAUCAAGAUGGAAAAGGUCAUUGUCGACCGUCGACCGAAGAUAUCCGAAAGUUUACCAUAUAGAGAAUGUGAGGCGAGAAUGAUUAAGAAGAAGAAAGAAAUUGUAACCCUACCAUCUAAACUGGCCAAGAAGCAGGUAAGCACCAAACCGAGGAACAGUAAUACGAAAUCCAGUUUCGACAUCACCAAUGGUUGUUGUUCUGCCGCUAUCCCAUUGCCAUUGGACUCUUUCUCUAGCGUUUCUUGUUGUGGAACUGGUGUUGCGGCGGAAUUAUCCGUUCUACGUCGUUCUUCGUUGGUCGAUAUGGCAAAAUUUCGUUGCCACUUAUCCCAAGGCUCCCAUAAUCGUGGUUCUUUCUUUACGAUACGGAAUGAAAAGGCCAUCAAGGAUCCACUUCGAUUUCAUUUUACCAACACUUCAAUCUCUCCAUAUGCGAUCGUCAAUUUGAAUAUCUUAAACUUUUGUAGUCGGCAUAUCUGCGGUGACGCAGACACCCUCGGCAGCGGUAAUUUCGGUUCCUCUAAUCUGAGCCGUAAAAAUUGGUAUCCUUUCGGUUUCCAUCAUAGUCGCAGCUCUCGCAGAAUAAGCGAUGGAAAUGGUGGCAAUUUUACCAGCGCAUGCCUUUCCGUCAUCUUUGAGUCGCUAUUCAAUCCGCAUUCAAUGAAAGAUGCCAAACUAUCUGGAAUGACCGAUGAUGUUGGCGACACUGAUACUAGAGUGAAAUUGGAGACCUUGAUCAAACGGAACAAUGAAUUGAUCGUUCUGUUUCAAGAGAGCUUGGUUCAGGAAACAACUGUUCAGGAGAAUAGCGAGUUGUCCAUUUUGUUUCGAAAGUCAGAUAGAGAAGUCGAUUUUUCGAAAACCUCAGAGGUUCAUUUGAAAAUCUUGUCAUUGUAUUUUGAAAAGUACAGGCGAGCAUUGGGGUAUAACGGUUCUUGCAAUAAGGUAACUCUCGUUCCUUUUGCCACCAAACCACUUACCUGA